AUGGAAGUAAGCUUUGAGAUAAAUGGGAAAGCUUUCAAUGAGUAUUCCGAGCAAGAUGACAAGUUGAAUGAGACAAUUGCUGCUGAUGUGAUACUGAACUUCAUGCAAGGUGCAUUCGAACUUCCGAGAUGUGAUGCAACCAUCUUGCAAAGCAAAAGUUUACCAAAAUCUUUAUUGAAAACGGCUGUUGACAUUAUUGAUGAAACGAUAGGUGAGCUCUAUGCUGAACAUAAUGGCAGUAAUUGGAAAAGAGAAAAGAUCAAAGAGCUAAGCGAACCCGGAUUGACAUAUGUUUUUUUAACACACUUGAAAUCAAGCAAGACAGUGGCAUUCAUAUGUUUCAAGUUAUGUCUCGAUACUGAAAAUGAAUUAGUACUUUAUUUGUACGAAAUACAUGUGACUAGAGGAUUUCAGGGCCAGGGAAUCGGACAAUACUUGAUAAACCAAUUCCACAAACUCUUCACCGACUUGGUACAUUCAUCUAAUAGACUUUACAACCAGCUAUCAGGGACAGCAUUGACAGUAUUCUCAGACAACAGGAGAGCAUUGUCUUGGUAUGAGACUAUGGGGUACCAGUUAACAGAAGAUUCUCCAGUUGACAAAGUAUUGAGAAGCGGAAAAGUGAUUAAACCAGAUUAUUAUCUACUAAAACGUAGAACAGCUUCCUAA